AUCCCCACCGUCAUGUCCAGAACUCUCCCAUCUUCCCAAACCUUGUCCCCAUUAAACACUGACUCCCCCUCCCCCAGCCCCUGGACCCACCAUCUACUUUCUGUGAAUGUGACUCUUCUAGGGAACCCCGGUACGUGUCCUUCUGUGUCUGGCUUCUCUCACUCGGCAUCAUGUCCUCAAGGUUCAUCCACAUUGUACCUGGAUCAGAAUUCCCGUCUUUUCUAAGACUGAGUCAUGUUCCAUUGUUUUUACACGGUAUUUUGCGUAUCCGUCCAUCCGUCAGUGGACGCCUGGGUGGCAUCCACCUUUUGGCCAUUUUGAAGAAUGCUUCACGUGAACACACGGGUGUCCACGCCAUCUGUUCGGCUCCCUACUUUUGGUUCUUUGGGGUCUACAGCCAGCAGUGGAAUUGCUGGAUCCUGUGGUCAUGCUACGCUGAAUUUUGUGAGGAACUGCCCUGUUUCCCUGAGCACUUGCAGAUGCACGCUCCCUCCCUGUGGCGUGUGCGUCUGGUUCUUAAGAGAAUUGAAGCUGAGUCUGGUUUCUGCCGUUGCCCCGAGGUUCUCUUCGCCGCCUGUGAGCGGGGAGCCUUUGACCUUCUGGCCGAGGUCCCGGAGGCCCUGGGCUCGGCUGCAGUGGCUGCAUGUCUGGGCGUCAGCUCCUGGGGGACAGAGCUACUGCUGGAUGCCUGUGUGUCCCUGAAGCUGCUUCAAGUGGAAGUGAGGAGAGAAAAAGCUGUGUAUGAAAACACAGAGCUCGCCAGCACCUACCUGGCCAGAGCCAGCCCCAAGUCCCAGCAGGACGUGCUGCUGUACGCGGCCAGGACCACCUACCUGGGCUGGGGCCACCUGGCCGCGGCUGUCAGAGACAGGAGGAACCAGUAUCUGAAGGCCUUUGGGGUUCCCUCCGAGGAACUCUUCACUGCCAUCUACAGGUGGUUCCGGGGCUGUGGCCAAGGCGUGCAUGUCUCUGUACCCGGGGUCUCAGGUCACCGUGUUUGACAUCCCGGACGUGGUCCAGAUGGCAAAGAGGCACUUCUCAUUCCCGGAGGAUGAACGGAUCGGCUUCUGUGAAGCUUCCACGGGGGACGACGAUGUACGCUGAACUGAUGAACAUUUCCCAAAGAACGUGUUUG